UUUCAGCUCGGCAAACGCGUUAGUCAUUUGAUAGUGAAAAAUUAAUUAACAAAAUAAUUUAAAGUGAAUUGGGUCAAAGCUGAAACAAAUAAUGGCCACGAAAACAAGUACAAUCGAGCGCAACGGCCACCCGGCCAAAUCCUCCACGCUGCGGGAAAUUUGCGCGCGCGCCAUCACAAAAUCGGAGUGGGAGGACAAGGAGGAGUUCCUGGACGUGAUCUACUGGUCCCGCCAGGUGUUCGGCAUUUUCCUCGGCGUCAUCUGGGGCAUAGUCCCGCUGAAGGGCUUCCUGGGUCUCGUACUAUUCGCCGGCAUCAGCUGCGGGAUCGUCUACCUGUACGCCAUCAACUUCCAGAACGUGGACGAGGACGCCUACGGCGGAGUUUGGGAGCUGGUCAAGGAGGGCUUUAUGACAUCGUUUGCCGGAUUCCUGGUCACGUGGAUCAUCUUCUACACGGGCCUGCACUACGACGAGAUAAUGGCGGCGAAAGGAUCCUAAUAGCACCUCCCAGCCAUAUCAGACCAGGAGCCAGAUCCGCCGAUCCCCACUCCUUAAGCCAGCUGCUCCUCCGACUUUUUUAUCCCCUUCGUACUCACUGUAGAUUGUUAAACUUUUAGCCAAUUAUGUUCAUGUAAAUGCAUUUCCACGGUGGCCAGUUGUCCCAGAUCUUUCCGUGAAAGAUCCUCCGGCCAGCCGCCCUAGUUGAGAACAAAAGAUACUAUAUAUAUUUGUGAAUGUCCAAAAUGCAGAAUGCGAUGAAUCAAC